UCGCCCAGGUAGCUGCGGCGGAGCGGACCGGUGGUGCGCGGCGAGAAGCGAUGGGGGAGCGCGGUGGGGGGAGAUCCGGAGGGUGGCGGGACAACAUGGCGCGGGGCAGAUUCGGCGGGGGACGCAAGGCUCCGCUGCCAAAUCAGCCUCGUCAUAUGGUUUGGCAGCGGCCAGAUCCACCACCACCGGCGACUGGUAGUUCGAGAUCUGGCGGUGGCGAGGUCGGGGACAGAUGGGAAGCCGCCGCGCGGGCCAUGAGCGGAGCGGCCAAGGAGACGACGACAGGUGCCAAGGAGCCACCUCCACAUCCCCCACCUCCACCUCCAUCGACUGGGCAAGCUGCAACCAAAAGCACCAACGAGAUCUGCAUCAACUGCUCCCUCUCAGGUCAUUUCGCUCCUUGCUGCCCUACUAUCCGCUGUGAGAAAUGCAACAAGCUAGGUCAUAUGGCUCAAUUAUGUCAAACUCUGAGGCCUUGGGAAUGUGUUCCAUUCAUGUGCGGAUUCCAGUCACCUGGCCAGGGUUUUUUCUAUAUUCCUGAUAUGUGCGCCGCUAAGCAGAGUGUAGAAAAAACUAACAACGUAGUGAUCACUAUUGUGGAGGGGGUUGCAUCUGUGAAAGAGAUUGAACAUGAAUUUAAUGCCAUCUUUGCAAAAAAGCCUGGUAAGAAGAAAUGGCAAUGUACGGCUCGUUCCAUUGGCCCUAAUAAGUUUGUGAUGCGUUUUCCUUAUGCUAGUGAGGUUGAGAGGGCAUGUUGUUAUGGGAAACGUAUGCCUUUGAUGGAGGGGGCUGUUGUGGUUUGCAUUACACCCUGGACUGCAUCUAUAGGGGCCAAAGGAAUAUUGGAAAAAGCUUGGGUGAGGGUUCGCAACAUUCCUAUAGAAAAAAGGUGUACUGAACAUGCAGCUUAUGCUGGGGCUCUGGUGGGGAUAACACUGGAGGUUGAUGAAUCUACUAUACAUAAGCCUGAAUAUGUCAGAAUUUUACUUGGGUGCAGAGAGGUGGAGAGAAUUCCCCCCUCGGCUGAAGGAAUGCUUCGUGAGCAAUAUUAUGACUUCUUUUAUGAAGUUGAGAAAAUGGUAACAUCAGGGGCUAACAAAACCCAGUCCUCCAUUGCGGUUGAUAGCAGUGCAUCUCCUUCCUUCCCCAAGAAAGCAAGGAUGGAAUCUUAUCCUGCUGACUCUACUGGGCAAAGGGGGAACAAGUGCUUCCAUGGUUGGUACUUAUUCAUCCCAGAACUAUGACAAGGGGGGGGGCAGAGGUUGGCUGCUGUUGCUGAGAGUGAAGAAGAAGAGGAAAGUGAUGAGGGCAAUCAUACGCAGUUGCUUAUCGAAACCAUGGCUAGAGAACAUGCUAAUGAAAAAAUGUCAUAUCGUGAUCCUCAAAAUGAGAAUGUUACUUGUGAAAAAAUCCAUGAUGAGAUGGAAAAGGAUGAGAUAACUGGAUCUCCCACCCAUGAUGUUGAUGGUCGUAAAGGUGCUUGGGGAAUUUUGACUCCUGUUCCCCCCUCACCUCUUUAUCUUCAGUAUGAUGAUACAACUUAUGGGGGUAUUAUUUCUCCUUUGGCAGAUUAUGUCACAUGGCCAUCCGUGCCUCGUAUUGUUCCUCUCGAGGAAGGGUCUAUGGAAGGGGGAGAAAACUGUAGCACUUAUACAGUUGAGCCCCCAUCUGGGUCACCAACUCAUGAUAAAAUGAUCUAUGAGGAAUAUGCCCCACGUAGACAGAUGCAGAAACUGGAAAAAGUAGAGGAGGUGGCCACCAACAGGAUGAGGAAGCGAGACGCUGAAGGUUUGCUCAAAGCUGAAGACAAGGCGAAAUUCCAAGCUGGCGUGAAGAGGCUGGGGCACGUGGCUGCUGCGCUGGCGGACAGACCCUUCUCUCAAGACAGGCUUCUCUUGGGCGACAGGGAUGGGAUCCAGAUUGGUUAGCUGGGGUUCGCUACUUGGGUCUCCUUUUUUGGUCGUAUCAUCCACUGGGGUUUGAUGCCCGCUGGACCUUUGUCUCCUGGUCUUAUUUGGCUAGUCGUCGAGGUAUACUGGUAGUUUCUUCCUGGGAACGGUUAUCCUUAGUUGGGUAGUGGCUUGACUGUGUCAUCAGGUUUUUGCCCCAUGGCGGAUGAUCCGCUCGAGGAUCAUCAUGCGGUGGGUUUCCUGGUGAUGCACCAGCUCGCUCCCCCCUUUCAGUCUCAUUUUGCUUUUGCAGUCAGUCGUGUCCUUCGGUUUAGUCUCCUUUAGUUAAAGUAGUCGUCCUGGUGCUUUAACAGACUUGGUUGAAAACAGACUGAUGUAUUUCCG